CAAAUCAGAAAAUAUCGAGUCUUGCUUAGCAAUACCUAAAGAUGACACAAAAGGACAAGUCAUAUCAAUUAUUAAAGCUUCGAUCCAAAUAUACAAAAAUCCAAUGCAAAUACAAAAAUGGCAAAAUCUUAUCAAUCAAAUUAAUAGCAAUGGAUAGCUUAACUCUGCUCACCAUAUUUUGAUUUAUCCUCCUCUAUGAUAACACCAUAAAUUAAAUUGAAUUUCAGGGAAGAAGGUGUUAAAUAAUAGUGCAGUUCAGAUGGCCCUUGAUCAGGCCAGGGGAAUUCACUUCCAAGAGGAAAUAAUUAUGGAGAUCCUCAACAGGUUAUCCGUGCGGUCUCUUCAGCGAUUCAAAUGUGUUUCACCAUUUUGGAAGGCAUUAAUCUCUGAUCAUUUCUUUAAGAUGAAGCAUCUCAAUCGUGCCAAGAAUGAUCUAAAUUCCCCAAAACUUCUUGCUGCCCAACACCCCGCGAAAUCGAAUUUUGCGGUUAAAUUCUCUUGUUUCUCUUUAUCGUCAGUUCAAGGGGUUGAGGAUGAACAAACACUUGAUUGCCCUUCAAACUGCAAACCAGCUUGCACGAUAUGUUGUUGUUGUGAUGGAUUGGUUCUUCUCUCAACGUGUGAUAGACUUGAUAGGCACCUUCUGCUCUGGAACCCUCCACAAGAGAAUCAAUAGUACUUCCCUAUCCAGGAUAUUACCUGGGCGAUUGGGUAUAUGGAUUGGGAUACGACGCAACUA